ACCCCUCUUUUGCAGCAAUGUCAGCAGUUAUGUCGUGCGCAUGUGCAACAUUUUUUCUUUCUCGCACACGUUGUCCAAGACAAGAUGAAGCUAAACGUGGCCUAUCCAGCCACUGGCUGUCAGAAACUCAUCGAUAUUGAUGAUGAAUUGAAAGUGCGACCAUUUUACGACAAGCGCAUGUCUGCUGAAAUGGAGUGUGAAUUCCUUGGGGACGAAUGGAAGGGCUAUGUGGUUCGUAUCAGCGGUGGCAAUGACAAGCAGGGUUUCCCCAUGAAGCAAGGUGUCCUCACUAAUGGCCGUGUUAAGCUCCUCCUCAAGAAGGGGCACAGUUGUUACAGACCCAGACGCACUGGAGAGAGGAAACGCAAGUCAGUGAGAGGCUGCAUAGUGGACAGCAACCUGAGUGUGCUCAAUCUAGUCAUCGUCAAGAAAGGUGAGACUGAUAUUCCUGGACUGACGGACGACGUGAAGCCUCGUCGACUCGGCCCAAAGAGAGCAAGCAAAAUCCGCAAACUAUUCAACCUCACCAAAGAAGAUGACGUCCGUAACUACAUCAUUAAGAGACCGCUGCCAAAGAAAGACGACAAACCUCAACGUUUUAAGGCUCCCAAAAUUCAACGUCUCAUUACACCCGUUCGUCUGCAGCGUAAAAGACAUCUACUGUCCCUGAAGCGUAAGAGAGGCGAGAAAGCUCGACAAGAAGCUGCUGAGUACGCAAAAGUGUUGGCACAAAGAGCUAAAGAAGCGAGGAGUUUGAGAAAGCAGCGUUUGAGUAGCAAGAGGUCCAGCACUUCCAGUACCUAACUGACUGUGGACUGUGUUGAGAUAGUUCCGCCGUGUGCAUGGUUGUCAAUGAAACUCUCUAUCUGUGAAGUUUAAAAUUAUAUAUUCCCUAUUGUUGAAUAAUAAUUAUUGUGUCA